GACUGUUAAAACUCGACAGCGUUGCCACUUUGCCAGUGCUUACAGUCUCAUUUGAGGCCGAACACAAAGCAGAAUCGAGCCGCAAAAAUAAGACAAUUGCAAUACUUAAACCGCAACUAUUGUCGUAAAUAAACCACAAAAUGGACGUUGAUGCUGCACAAAAGACUUGGGAGCUGGAAAACAAUAUACAAACGCUGCCCAGCUGUGACGAUAUCUUUCGCUAUGAUGCCGAACAACAGCGUCAAAUAAUUGAUGCCAAACCCUGGGAAAAGGAUCCACAUUAUUUCAAGGAUAUCAAAAUAUCCGCUUUGGCUCUGCUCAAAAUGGUGAUGCACGCUCGCUCCGGUGGCACCCUGGAGGUGAUGGGUCUCAUGCUCGGCAAAGUGGAGGACAACACAAUGAUUGUGAUGGACGCAUUUGCUCUGCCCGUAGAAGGCACUGAGACGCGUGUGAAUGCCCAGGCACAGGCCUAUGAGUACAUGACCGCUUAUAUGGAGGCGGCCAAGGAGGUGGGACGCCUAGAGCAUGCUGUCGGCUGGUAUCACAGCCAUCCGGGCUACGGCUGCUGGCUGUCGGGCAUCGAUGUGUCCACACAGAUGCUCAACCAGACCUACCAGGAGCCUUUCGUGGCCAUUGUCGUUGAUCCGGUGCGCACCGUGUCCGCUGGCAAGGUCUGCCUUGGCGCCUUUCGCACAUAUCCCAAGGGUUACAAGCCACCGAAUGAGGAGCCAUCGGAAUAUCAAACAAUACCAUUGAAUAAAAUUGAGGACUUUGGAGUGCACUGCAAGCAAUACUAUCCGCUGGAGAUAAGCUACUUCAAAUCGGACUUGGAUCGCAAGCUGCUCGACUCGCUGUGGAACAAGUACUGGGUGAACACGCUGGGCAGCUCGGGCUUGCUGACCAAUACCGAAUACACCACCGGCCAAAUAAUGGACCUAUCCGAGAAGCUCGAGCAAAGUGAAAACUUUUUGGGUCGCGGCACCGAUGUGAACGAGAAGCGCUCCGAGGAUAAGCUGUCGAAGGCCACGCGCGACUGCAGCCGCUCAACCAUCGAGCUCAUCCACGGACUGAUGGCACAAAUUGUUAAGGACAAGCUCUUUAACAAGGUGGGCCUGGGCAAAUAGGCAGGACCAGUCAUGGCCAGGCCAAAAGCUAAGCUUUUUUAUAAUAUUCAGCUACUAAAUUGAAUACACUUAUAAAUAUAAAGAGAAUCUGCAGAGUGCAUCAUCAAUCAAAA